AGACCUGAUAUGUAAUGUAUGGAACCAACCAUCAUUACUUUUUCUUUCUUUCUUUUUUUAAUUUUCGCAUUUUACCCCACCUCUACCCUCCUUUUGGAUUAUUUUCUCUUUUUUUAUUUUAUUUGAUUUUAUUAUGAUACAGUUGUUUAAGCGAGAAGAUCUGCUUGAGUGCGACGAGUAGAUCUGAACACUAUUGGAGAAAUAAGAAAAAUAGUCCGUUGUGUUUCGUUAAUUACAUUAAUACAUACCCAGUUUUGUGUCCGCCCAGGCGACACCAUCGAUCGAUCCAUUUAGUCGGGGAAUUUGGUGGGUUACUACUAUUAGCAACCCGUCGACUUGGCCAGACCGCCCCAGUCCAGUCUGCGUCCACCGGAAGGGUGAAAGUGGAUAGCUCACUCUUCCCCCCCCCCAACGGUUCCUGCAAACAUUCAGAAGUACAAGUACUGAGCUCUCCUCGACUGCAUUCCAUUCCCUCCUUCUCUCCAGUUCCUGCUCAUCUACCCAAUACUUUUGGAUUCCUUCUUUUCGUUUCCUUAUUGAAUCGUCUGGCGUAUAUUACCUACGUUAUAUCCUUUCAUACUCUAUAAUUCACACUAUCUACUCGAAUAGCAUCUACAUACCCAUAUCCCUUCCGGGCAUCUCAGCUUUAAGACCCCAUACCUUCUUCUUCUCUUGAACAUAACAUCCAUUAACUGCGCUACUAUUUUCGCAAUGGCAGCUCCUCGCUCUACUUCUUUGCGCGCCCUUCGCCUGCUCUCUCAGCAACAUACUGCCACACCCUGUGUCCGCCGGAGUCUGCACAUCACCGGUGUCAAUUCUGCACAGCCUGUCAACGUUCCGGACCGUACGUCUUUGUACGCUACUCGCAGCUUGGCAGACCUUCAGAGGGAGUGCCACAAGAGGAAACUGGGAGCCAGCGGCAACCAGAGUGAGCUCGUUGAGCGCCUUGCCAACCAUGACUUCCUUCAAUCCCGUGCUUUCAGCAUUGCCAUGAGAAGAAUCAAUGGCAGCUCUGCAGCAGAUCAAUCUGUUUCCACCCGCCAAUUCAAUACAUCUCGUGCCUUGAAGGCCGUCAAUGACUCAUCCACUGUGGAUUUUGCAUACCUGCCGUCCAUGGACGAGGUUGAUGCCCCUGCUCGCCCCGCCGAUACUCGCAUUCCGAUCCUUUCCGAUGUCUACACCAACUACAACUCGAGCCAGCCCUCAAACCCACCCAUGAAGCCCCAGGUACACACUAUUUCCGGGGGCGGGGCCGAUGUCGCAGUCAGCCCCAUGGCUGAAGUUGUUGACAACAACUCGGUGGAUAUCGACCCAUUCUCGCUAACCGAGACGGUUGGCAAAUCCCGCUUCGGCGAAGAGCUCUUGAAGUCCCAGAACGGUUCCAAGGAACCCGGUGUUGUAAGAGAGCUGUGGACCGGAUUUUUGGAAGAUAUUUUAGGAUCCAAGCAGCAGAGUUACCAGAAGCAGCACUGAUUUGACUAGCGUUGUUUGUCUUGUUUUACUUUAGCGACGAUUGAUUUCCACUGAAAGUGGUCUUUCUAUUUUCUGAUACUUAUUCUAUCAUCAUGAUGCUCAGUGAUGCUAUCUAUUCACAAUUUGAUGAACAUAAAGUGGUUCAAUAUCUCAGUGUUUCUAUUGAAAAGCCAUCGUAGUGAGCACUAUCUCCUAAUCGCAACCAGAGAACUCCAGACUCGAGAAUAGGAAAAGAGUCACACCACCUCAAAACUUAUGAAUUGACGUCGAUCAUCCACGAGGCGACCAGCCAAUCAGUCACUCCGUACCCCCGAGUCUAAAGGGACAGGAUAACCCUAAUAACCUAGGUAAGCACAAGGCAUGCUUCUUCGGCAUUCGGGAAAGAUUCAAAAACUAUUCAGUAUGAUUAUUGAUUACGAUGAUCGGAAAUAUGGAGCAUUACUCGAUGGGGGGGAUAAACGAUUAAGGUUCUCCGAUCUCUUCCGAUGUCUGAAGAGUCCGUAUCCAAGAUCUCCAUAAAUCACAUGCGGCAUGUGAACUGGGGAUUUAUGGUCUAAUCUGAAACUAGGGUCCACGAUUUAAAUCCCCAUAUUGUAUUCUUGCCAGUGAUUUCAUAGUAAAUACAUGUUUUCGACUUUCAAUUGUGUAAAUACCAAAGGUGGUGUU